AAAAAACAAACAUCAACACGUGCUAUUAUAAACCGAAAAGAAUUAUUGAAAGUUUGAACAAGUAUUUUUGAAUAAAAUUUUUAUAAGUUUAACAAAUAAAAAAUAAAUUACAAUGGAUAUUGUAAAAGAAGUGCUGGAAAGGCAACAAAAAGAAUUGGAAAAAUAUAAACCCAUAACGGUAGACAAACAUUUAGAAUGUCGCAUCGAUGUGGGCAUGAUGUUAAUAACAGAUCCCAAUGAUUUGGAAGAUAAUGAACUAAAAGAAAACCGAGAAAAUUAUAUAUUAAAUUUAACUCGUGACAAUACCCAACUUUUAAUAAACGAAAUCUGGCAGUUGCCCACAGAACGUGUAGAUGAGUGUAUAGUGGCAAAACUGCCUGCACCUACUACAAUAAUGCCACGUUUGCGCAAGGUACCUGGUCCCAAGGUAAUGACCAAAUGGGAGAAAUUCGCUCAGGAGAAGGGUAUUACCAAAAAGAAUAAGGCUAAGAAAGUGUACGAUGAUACUUUGGAUAAAUGGGUGCCCACUUAUGGCUACAAACGUGCAGAUGCCGAAAAACAAAAAGAUUGGAUUUUGGAAGUACCAAAAAAUGUUGAUCCCAUGCAGGAUAUGUUCCAAAAGAAGAUUGAUCUUCGUAACGAAAAAGUAGCCAAGAAUGAAAUACAACGUAUGAAAAAUAUAGUAAGAGCCAGAAAAGAAGAAGUUCCGCGCAGUGGCUACUUAGGUGGAGAGGCUGCCACUUCGGGACAACUGUUAACAGCUGUAACAGUUGCCAAGGCUUCGACAGCUUCUGUAGGUAAAUUCCAAAAUAAACUGCCCAAAGAAAAGGAAGCUCGUGGUAUUGGUGUAAAGGAGUUGAUACCCGGAUCAAAACGCAAGGCUUCCCACAUUUCCAAUCAACCAGAAAAGGAAGUUAAUUUGGAUCUUAUUAAGAGUGUAUUGAACAAAAAACCUAAAAUUGAUAUUGAAAAAGCAAUAUCUCUACAAAAACACGACGACCGCCUAGAACGGGAAGCCAAUGAAGAUGGUGGCAAAAAGAGUAAAAAGAAUAAGAAGGGCGGUGGUAAAGGCAGUCGCAAGGCUGUGGGCAAGAAACCUAAAGGAGGUCGUGGUCAAAGAGCGCCUGGCAAAAAGGUCGCUGUAGGUCGCAAAAGAAGAUAAGUCUCACUCAGCUAUGUAAUUGUGUGAAAUGAAAACAACUUAUGUAGUAACAUGUUUCUUUACAUUAGUUUUAAUGAAUAAAAAUUUAACAUUUUCUAAAAAAAAUAAAA